AUGUUACAAGCUGAAGAAUUCAGAAGAUAUCCAAAAAACACUUGGAGAUUAACAAGAUUACAACAAAGAUAUAUCAAACUGAAAUUUGAAGAAGAAAAUGAAGAUGAUUUAUUAUCCUAUUCUACAAGUGAAGAAGAACUAAGAAAACAUUUGAUAAAUAAUUUUGAUUUUAUAACAUCAACUUUAGAAAUGGCUGCUAAUUCAACUAAUUCAAAUGAAAUGACUGAACAAGAUUCUGUUGAAGUUAAAUCUGUUUCUUCAAUUCCUUCAUUAACAAGUGCAAACACUUCAAGCCCAAGUAUUUCUGUUCACUCUAAUUUCAAUGAUGAGCAUCAUUCACAACAACCUCAAUACGUUCCAGAAGAUUCAAACAUGGGAAAAUGA